AUGGUCCACCGACAGCUGAAGACGGCGAAGCGGCUGGCGACGCAGAACAAGAAGCGGGAAAAUGAGCUGGAGGUGUACUCUGAUGGCGCUGCUCGUAACUUGAUGGCGCUGACGCCGAAACUCACUCCCAAGAAGGAGAAGCGGGCGCCGCUGAAAGAGGCGAUCAAAAAGCGAGAGGCGAAGAUCCGCCUUUACGGGGCCACCAACGGCACUAAAUACUCGGAAACUCAGUUGGCGGUGCCCCAGCUCAAUAUGGCGGUGACCCCGGGUGUCAAAGCUAAGCGGGGGAAGAAGGGGAAGGUGUUUGUCGACGACCACGACCUGCUCUUGAUGAACCGGUUAGUGAAGAGCAUCAACGACAAGUACGAUAGCGUCAACGAGCUGAAACUUGAGAAGCUGAAACGGCUCGAGGACUUGCGGGCGUUGAAACGCCAGGAGCUCGAACGCAAAGAACAGGCGAAGCAGGAUAAGCUUGAAGGUAAAAAGAGCGAGCUUCGUCUGAAGGCGCUGGUGGCCCGGGCGGCGCGGCGGAAGCUGGCCAAGGCGAGACGGAAGGAGGAAGAAGGUGACGGUGACGACGAUAAUGAGUCGGCGCCGAAACGGAAGAAGGUAUCGUUUGCUUAG